UAAAGUGUGUCAGUGGCGUUACCGGGGGACAGGCACAUGUUUCCCUGCCUCUCAUAUUUCCUCUCACUCACUCUGUUCUCUGCUGUUCAAAUCUCCGAGAGGGAAAACAGACAGUCUGCGCUCCUCUCUCCACGCCGCCAGCAGGCUGAUCACUGUCUGCUGCGCACCAAGUCCUGGAAAAUAUCCUGCGGAGCCACGUAAACGCCAUUUGUUUCAUUAUAUAACCGGCGAGAGACAAAACUGCAACAGAGUAGGUACCAGAGCUGACCAAGAGAUGUCCUGCAUGCAGAAUAUGAGCACCUUACCUCCCCAUCGAGCCCUGUAACCAAUGGCAACCUCAGUCCAGACUCUUCCUCUGACCCGUGGCCCUAGCAAAAAUUUCCGUCACCCUUUCCCAACCCCACCCCUCUCCUCCCGUUGUGGUAUGGGAAGCGUUGGCAGUCUGGUGGAGAGGUCAGAUGUGUCUCCCACUAAAGUGAACCGUGCGAUGCCUCAAGUGAGGCCCAAACAGUCCAACGGCCUCCUGAAAAAAGGCUUCACCCAGAGAGAGCUACUCAACUACCUCAACAUCACCAGAAAAGAGCCUAAAGCCAACCCGAGCGGUGACAGUAAGAAGGACAUUAUCUCUGGCCUCGCCUCUGUCAGCGGUCGAGAGGACGACAACGUGUACGCCAAGGUCUACCAUAAAGACGGCACCGAAGUUGAUUUGACAAAGAACUCACUACCAAGUGGGGGAAAGUAUGAAAAGGCUCGUUUCAGGUCUUCUGCCUUCAAGCCUGUCACCCCCAAAAACUUCAGCUCCAUGCAGAACCUGUAUCCGUCUUCCAAGUCAGAGGAUGUGGAUCACAGCCUUUCCAACGGGCUGCACAGAGCCUACGCCCAUGUCCCUAAAGCCGUCUCCACCUCCUCUUCCUCCUCCUCACCCUCGCGUCAUGGAGGACCAACAUCCAGUGGUAACAAGGCGGUGCGUGGGAUGAGCCAGGAGGAUGAUAACCUGUCAGACUCGGGCCAUAACUCCAUGAGCAGUCUGCCACCAUACCGGCCUCCCUUCCGCCCACACCUGGCUCACAUCAGUGCAUCUAUGGGCCACAUCAACACCAUCGGCUCCCUGGACCGCACCUCUCUGGGCCCGAAGGCUGUUGGGUCAGGGGGUAUAGCCAUAGGGGAGAUGGCGUGUCGGAGCAUGGCGACCCUUAGCCGUCUGGCCCCAUAUGGUGGGGAGGCUCCACCUCCUUAUGAAUGGACACUUUCCCUGUCUGUCGAGGAAGUGGUGCGGGAUCUGGAGGAGCGCCUUGUGGAGAAAGAACAUGAGCUGAAACAGAUGAGGAGAAACCUGGAUGAGAGCGAGGGCGCGAUCGCUCAGGUAUUUGAGGGCAAACAGCGUCUGUGGGAGAAGGAGGUGGAGGAACUGAAGCGCCUCUAUGCCGCCAAGCUCCGUCAGGUUUCCCAGCAUGCCCAGCGUUCCCAGCGCACCCUGCAGUUGCAGCUGUACAAGGCCCAGCAGGAGAAGACCCGACUGCAAGAGGAGCUUGACAGUCUGAAAAGGGAAAGAAGCCAGGAGGCCGGAGCAAUGGUGAAGCGAACCAGUCCGACCCUGGAGGAGACGCAGUGGGAGGUUUGCCAGAAGUCAGGAGAGAUCUCUUUGCUGAAGCAGCAGCUCAGGGACUCCCAGGCGGAGGUGACCCAGAAGUUGAGUGAGAUCUUCCAGCUGAAGACGCAGCUCAGGGAGACCCGAACGGAGCUGCGCAACCGAGAGGGCCAGAUAGAUGCGCUAAAGCUCGUCCUGCAGGGGACGCAGCGUCGCAGAUGCCCCUCUCAGACCGCCCAUGAAGAUGGAAAAGGAGCUGAAGAGAGUGCUCCAGCUGGGGCAACAGGAGGGUGCGGGGGCCCUACAGAGGAGCGUCUGCGCGCAGAGCUACUGCUGGAGCGACGCCAGAGCGAGGCCCAGGCCAUGGCUUUCGAGGAGGAGAGGCAAACAUGGCAGACAGAAAAGGACAAGGUCAUCCACUACCAGAAAGAGCUGCAGGCCAGCUACUUAGAGAUGUACCACCGCAAUGAAGCGCUGGAGAGGGAACUACACCAACUGAGAGCAGGCAGAGAGCGAGGAGCAGCAGGAGGAGGAGGAGGAGGGAGCAGGAAUGGGACAUUAGAAAGAGAAGUGCCAGAGCUGAGCAGUGAAAGUGAAAAACAAGAGGACAGACCGUCCUCUGGUUUGCCAUGGAUAGAGAGGAUUGAAUCAUCUGAAAUUUGAAUGUGUUUCAUUUAUUUGUAAUGCAAACUGUUGACUGACUAUGUUUGCCAGGAAAAGAAAAAAUAGACUCACUAGGUCAAAAUUAUGACUCAGUAAGACAAAAUUAUGAGAUAAUAUGUAAAAAAUGUUUCCCACAUUUUAGAUACUACAUGAAAAUGUAUAUUGACUAAAUAAUAUUGACUCACUAAAUAAAAAUUGUGAUAUAUUAGUAAAAUGUUUUACUUAUUCAGACAAAAUUAUUAGAUACUAAGUAAAAAAAUUGAUCUGCUGUUUUUGCUAAUGUCAAAAUUAUGUGAUCAGUCGUCAUCCAAACAUCAAAACUUGUCAUCAAAACUACCUCAUCAUUAUCAAAUGUUUGACUCAAAAGUUUGACUUAUUUUAUCAUUUUGACUCAGUGAGUCAAAAUUUUGACUUUUAUGAGUAUUUUUAUUUUUUAUUGUGUGUAAUGUUUUUACCUAUUUUUCUUUUCCUGGCAGCAACAGGCUUCCAUAGCUUCCUGUCUGUUCUCCAUUCUCUGCCCAUGCACAUAUGUUGUUUGGCCCUUCUCCUGCAAAGACUGGACCAAUAACCUCCUACAGAGCACACUGAUACUGGGAGUAGCGGCGCAGAAAUCUUACGCCUGUGUAGCAUCUAUCUGUGGCAAAAAGAGUGAUGUCAUUUCUGGAUAAAAUACAGCCAAACUCCAACCAGGCACUCAGACUGUCCUGCUUGUAAAUCUGUAAAUGAACACAUUGAUAAGCUGAUUAUUACCAGUUGUGAUAAUUUGGUAGUUACUUUUUGGUUCGGACUGCUGUUAUAGUCUUGACGGUAACCAAAGGAUUCAAAGGGAUUUUGUGCAACCCAGUAACUUCUCAGCACCUGUGGAUUCAGGGUUCACCUCUGGGCUCUGGGAGGUAAGCUGCAUCUCUGGGUUAAGUAUGGAGGAUUAAAGCUCUCUGGUGCCAAGGUACUUACGCUAUUUGUUUGCCAUCAAGGAAACUACCUUUAAGAAACUGGAAACAUUGGACUUAUCUUUGUCACUCAGUUUCUAGCUCCUGUCAGGUGAGAUCAAUAUAUUUUGUACAUAAUUGUAAUUUUUGACUUGAUUUGCCUGACAUUGUACCCUAAGCACACUGUUGUCUUAAACAGGCAUACUUCCACCUCUUCUGAAUGCUAUGAAAGUGAUAGUGGAUGAAUAUGACUUAUUGGUGCAAUGUGGUGCACACUCCCAUACAAUAACAUCAAAUGCAUGACAUAGGUGAAAUUGUUUUUUUUCUGUAUUGUUUAUUAUAAAUAUAUGAACAUUCAAAAGCCAGCUCUCAAUCGACCUUUCAACAUACUGUGACUCUUGUCUAUUUACUGGAAUUAAAACUGUACAGUAUAAAUAUAUAUGAUUGUUCUGCAUUCAUAAUAAACAGUUAUGAAGUGGUGUAACAGUU